AUGAUUUAGAACUUUGGAAAAAAAAUAAAGACUUACUAAAGAAACAAAAGUAAGCAUUAAAAUAAAUAUGUAUAUAUAUAUAUAUAUAUAUAUAUAUAUAUAUAUUUAUACAUAAUUUAUAUCUUUAAUGUUUAUUUUUUUUAUAAAAAUUAUAAAUAAAAUUUUUUUUACUAAAAAUUUAUUUUAUUUUAACACAUAAAAUUUAUUUAAUAUUUAUUUUAUAUAUAGGUUUUUAUUGUAACAGGAGGUUAUGGAGAUAUAAAAAAAAGUUUAAGAAAAAGGGGAUGGAUAGAAAAUCCAGAUAACAAAAGUUAAUGUUAUGAUUUUAAAUGGUGUUUAUUUACCAAAGAAAUAGAUUUCGAAACUUUAAAAGAUUUUUAAAUCGUAAAUCAUUUCUAAAAAAGUACAUGCUUCACAACUAAAGUAGGUCUUUGUAAAAAUAUUAGAAAUCUUGUCUGGCAUGAUAACGUUGAUAUUGAUACUUUUUAUCCUAGAUGUUAUGAUUUAAAUGAUGUUGAUGAUUUUUAUAAUUUUUAAAUAGAAUUUAAAACAUCAAAAGCUGAAAGUAUAUUGAAAAAAUAUAUGAGAAUGUAUUUUUGUGAAAUGGAUCUAUAAAAUAUAUAAAAAUAAGCAGUUAUUGCAUUCAAUGUUUGUGAAAGAAAAAUUAAAGGUUUCAAUGAUACUAUUGACGAGAAAUCGCCUUUUAAAUUUGUUUCUAAAAAAGAAUGGAAUAUUCUUUCCAGUGAUGAGUUAAAUGAAGAAAAACUUGCAUAAAAAAAACAUGAAUAAUGGCUUUAGAAAAUUGAAGGAAAGAAAAAAAAGAAAAUUAAAAAAUAAAAAAAAUUAGAAAAACAAAAAUCGUUAAAAGAUGAACGUAACUCAGAGGAUGAAUAAUAAAAUUCAGAAGAAGAGGAGGCAAAAAUGGAUUCGUUUACAUUAAAAGUUCAUCAAUUAUUAAAAAAAUAUUAAUAAAAAUACCCAUAAUACUGUAUAAAUGGAGAAGAUAAUAUAUGGAUAAUCAAACCAGCAGGCUUGUCAAGAGGAAGAGGUAUUACUUGUUAUAAUAAUUUAAUAGAAAUUCUAGACCAUAUGAAAUCAAAGGAAUCAUAAUGGAUAAUUUAAAAAUAUAUAGAAAAUCCAUUAAUUGUUAAAAAAAGAAAAUUCGAUAUAAGAGUUUGGGUAUUAUUAACUGACUGGAAUCCUUUAACAAUAUGGGAAUAUACAAACUGUUAUGUUAGAUUUAGUUGCGAUGAUUAUGACACUAAUAAUUUACAGAAUAAAUUUACUCAUUUAACAAAUAAUAUGAUUUCUAGAUUAAAAGAAAGGGAAGAAAAAGACGAAAUUUAUGAUAAAGGAAAUAUGUAUACUAAAGAGGAAUUUAUUAAUUAUUUGUUGGAGAAAGAAAAAACAAUGUUUUUCUGAAAAAAUAGAACAUUAAAUUACUAACGCGAUAAUUCGUUCUAUGAAAAGUGUUUAAGAUAAUGUAGAAUAGAGAAAGAAUACAAUUGAAAUGUAUGGAUAUGAUUUUAUGGUUGAUGAUUUAUAUAAUGUUUGGCUUAUUGAAAUUAAUUCUUCACCCUGUAUGGAAUAUAGUAC